AACCGAAAACUCAAUUCCUGCAAAUCCUGCGAAUUUUUCUGUGGAGUGAUGGGAACUGAAGCCUUUAUGGACAAGGUGCAAGAUUACUCUGUUCAGGAUAUCCCUUCACAUCAUGACACUCGUUCCAACCCAGACAAUCAAGACACGUUGAAUUCAAAAACUCAUCGGCUAGAAGAGGCUAUGGACACUAAGGAUUAUGAAGUAAAGGAAUGCAUGUCGGAAAGCUCAAUUCAGAGGGAUAGCUGUAAGAUGGAAAAUUUCGUAAGCAAUGGGGAGGUUGGCUUGUUUGAUGAUGAUAAAGUGGUGGAUAUUAAAGCUCCACCCAUGAUAGUUGAAUUUAAGAAAUCUCAAUCAUCUGCAAAACCUGCACCUAAAUCUUGUGCUGGAAAUGGUCGAACAAAGCACACUGUUCCACUGCCAUUUUCUCUAGCAACUGAAAAACGAGCUUCAUAUGGAACUCGACCAGCUAGAAGUGAACAUGAUGGUACUGCUGUGAUUAAGCAAUCCGGCACUAACAACUUGCAAAAUGAAACUUUUUCAAAGAAAAAACAGCUUGUCUCACCUUUCGUAUCAAAGAAGUCACUACAACCUGAUAACAAUAAGAAUUCUGAUGAAGAGGAUUCUCAUUCCAUUGCUUCAUCAACUGCACCUUCAGUAAGGAUAGCCAAGAUAACUGUUGCAUCUGCUCCAAUUUUCAGAUGCACUAAACGUGCUGAGAAACGUAAAGAGUUCUACACAAGAUUAGAAGAGAAGCAUCAAGCACUUGAGGUCGAAAAGAACCAGCUUGAAGCAAGAAGCAAGGAAGAGACUGACAUGGCCAUCAAGCAGCUCAGGAAAAGUCUAAAGUUCAAAGCAAUCCCCAUGCCAAGUUUCUACCAUGAGGGACCACCACCGAAGCUUGAGCUUAGAAAGGCACCACCAACGCGAGCAAAAUCGCCCAAGUUAGGAAGGAGGAAGAGUUGCAGUGACGCUGUUUCCUUCUCGCCUUCACAAAGGGGGGACAAAGGGAUGGAAGGAAACCGUCAUAGUAAUAUUAUUGGUGAUGUUUCUGGUAACAUACAGAAAUAUGAUUUUGGAGAUGAUUGUAAACAAGUGAUGGAAAUGACUGCAUCAUCGUCGGUUGCUGGUGCUGCUGCGAACAAAAUAAACAGGCUGGAGAAAAUGAACUUUGUCGUAGUGUCUUGAAUUCCGGGUAAUUUCGAUUUGCUGCUAAUUUAAAUUGAGAGUGAUCAUGGAUUUGCCUAUUUGAUUUCUAUAAUUUUAUUGUAAUGUUAUGUUGUAUUACUUUUAAGUAAGUUAAUUCAUACUUGUAAAAAUGUUCCCUUAGAGUUAUGUAAUUUAUUGUGAUGGUUUAUUAUUAUUAUUGUAAAAGUUUGUUUUGGGAGAUGGAAGAUAUUAUUAUGAUGGAAAAAAGGGUCUUUAAAGAAAAAGAAGAGAUACCAA